AUGACAGCCGACAAGGCAGAUAGCGGGGCCAGUGGCCCCAAGGCCAACCUGAUCAUGGUGUCGAACCGGCUGCCAGUGACGGUCAAGCAGCAGGCCGACGGCAACUACAGCUUCUCGAUGAGCUCGGGCGGGCUGGUGACCGGCAUCAUGGGCAUGGCCAAGCAGGUCAACUUUAUGUGGUACGGCUGGCCGGGGCUGGAGGUGCCGGAGAUGCAGCGAGCACGGAUGACGGAGACGCUGGCGCGUGACUUCUCGGCCGUGCCGGUGUUCCUGUCCAAGGACGAGAUGGACCGGCACUACAACGGCUUCUCCAACUCGAUCCUGUGGCCGCUGUUGCACUAUCACCCGUCGGACGUCACGUUUGACGAGCUCUCCUGGGUGGCGUACAACAAGGUCAACCGGGCCUUUGCCCAGACGAUGGCCGAAAAGGUGCAGGACGGCGACGUCGUCUGGGUGCACGACUACCACCACUUCAUCCUGCCGCAGAUGCUGCGCGAGGAGCUCGGCAGUGCGCGACGCAAUGUCAAGAUCGGCUUCUUCCUGCAUACGCCCUUCCCGUCGUCGGAGAUGUUCCGCAUCCUGCCGGUGCCAGUGCGCGAGGGCAUCCUGCGCAGCCUGCUGUCAUGUGACCUUGUCGGCUUCCACACGUACGACUACGCCCGGCACUUUCUCAGCAGCUGCUCGCGCAUCCUCGGCGUCAACACGCUGCCCAACGGCGCCGAGCUGGACGGCCGCUUCGUCACCGUUGGCGCCUUUCCCAUCGGCAUUGACGUCACCAAGUUCGACGAGGCUUUCCGCAACCAAAAGGUGCUCGACCGCAUCGGCCAGCUGGAGAAGAAGUUUGCUGGCGUCAAGGUCAUCGUCGGCGUCGACCGCCUCGAUUACAUCAAAGGCAUGCCGCAGAAGCUGCACUCGUUUGAGCUCUUCCUGACCGAGCAUCCCGAGUGGGUCGGCAAGAUCGUCCUCGUCCAGGUCGCCGUGCCGUCACGCCAGGAGGUUGACGAGUACCGUGAUCUCUGGAAGGAGACCAACGAGCUUGUCGGCCGCAUCAACGGAAAGUUUGGCACCGUUGAGUACAUGCCCAUCCACUGGCUCUACCACUCCGUCAGCUUUGAGGAGAUGACCGCCCUCUAUGCCGUCUCCGACGUCUGUCUCGUCACCUCCACCCGUGACGGCAUGAACCUCGUCUCGUACGAGUAUGUUGCCGCUCAGAACGCCCGCCACGGCGUCCUCAUUCUGUCCGAGUUCGCCGGCGCCGCCCAGAGCCUCAAUGGUGCCCUUAUCAUCAACCCCUGGAACACCGAGGACGUCGCCAAGGCUAUCCACACUGCCGUCACCAUGCCCGCUGAGCUGCGCGAUGGAAACUUCCAGAAGCUGCGUCGCUACGUCUACCAGUACACCAGCCAGUGGUGGGGAAAGAGCUUUGUGUCCGAGCUGCAGGGCACCAAGUCGCAGUAG